AUUUAAUUUAAACACACAUUAUUGAUAGUGUUGAUUCCGUCACACGUCAGUAACCUCGUUCUUUACACAAAUACUUUAUCAUUUUCAAAAUUCAUCGUUCAUUUCACAUCUGCUUAACAAUAGCGAAACAUUGCGAUACAGAUAACAGAAAAAAUAAUGAAAAUGAUAGUUGGUGUUGUUUUACUAUCCAUGGUUACACAUGGUGUAUGUAAUAAUUAUGAAGCAGUAAUUAUUAAAGAUGAACAGACACUGAAGAAAAGUAACUUGGUUGCGGUUUUGCCACGCUUAGAUAAGGUAUUUUAUAUUUUUUUUAAAAUAAAACUAAACAGCUUUUCAAAUGGUCAUAGAAGUGUCAUUCAUUUUACUCUUGGGGAGGAUAAUGUAAAAUACGGUGAUCGAAUUCCUGGCGUUUGGAUUCAUGAACAAAAGUUGUACGUGGCUUUUGCAAUAAAUGGAAAUAAAAAUGAAUACUUUUAUUCCAAGCCACUCUCAUUGAACCAAUGGAUAUCUGUUCAAAUAAGUCAAAGCAAUCCUCGAAUGGUGCGUGUUUUUGAAGUAUAUAUUAAUGAAGAAAAAGUAUAUGCAAAACAAAACUUUAAAUCAUACAAUUUUAAAAACAUCAACGUAUAUGCAGGAGAUCCAUGGUAUGAAGUCCAGGAUGGCUCUAUCAAAGACUUCUUUGUCUAUAAUUAUCAUAUUUGAAGAGUUUUAUUCUCUAUUUAAAAUUUUAUUACUAGUUUUAUCUAAAAUGUUUUAAAUGAAACUUUUAAUUACAUUUUGCACUAUUUAGCAGGCAUUGUUAAAGCGAUUUAAGAAUGAUUACAUAUUUUUUUCCUAUUUUUUAUCUAGUAAUUUAGCGGUAAGUUUUUGUACUCAAAUUUUAUUGAAUGUGAAUUUUCAUAAUUUUUGUCAAAAUUUUUAAACUAAAAGGUUUUACGUGAAAGUUUUUGCUUCUUGUUCCAGUUUUAUUGUGUUUUAUAGUGUUCUAUGGGGCAGAGAUUGUAAAUUCGGUUUAAGAGUAAUUAGAUUGUAAUUAGUAAUUGAUUGGUUUACUAGUGAGUUAAAAAAAUUUACUGUUACGGAUUUUAUACAGUUACUAUUUAUGAUGCUGUGGGUUACUCUGUUAUAUAGAAAACACAAAAUGUCUCAA